AUGUUGCUUGGCCAAGAAAUCUCAAUCUAUCUCGUUAGGCUAAUAGAUGAUAAUCUGACUCAGCUGAAGAAGCUGAAUGAUGAUAUUUUCUCUCGUCAAUACAGCGACCGAUACUAUGCCGAUGCCCUUGCUUCUGGCGAACUAACAAAACUAGCUUAUCACAAUUAUACUUGUGUUGGUGCAAUCGCAUGCCGGUGUGAGAAAAAGGAAGAUGGUGCAGUCAGGGUCUACAUCAUGACUUUAGGCGUCUUAGCACCUUAUCGCCGCCUUGGUAUUGGAACAAGAUUAAUGAAUCAUGUUCUUGACUUGUCGUCCAAGGAGAACAUAUCCGAGGUUUACUUGCAUGUGGUGGCAGACAAUGGAGAUGCCAUAAAUUUUUACAAGAAAUUUGGGUUUGAAAAGACUGAAACGAUCGGAAACUAUUACAGAUCAUCCGAGUCUGGUGUGAAAGACGGCUAUGUUUUCACCAAGCGUUUGGUUAUUGUUAAAGAGCAGGAGGUACCAGAAGGGAAGGAUGCAAAUACAGAUAAGAAGUGUGAAACAUCUUCUGCCCUUUUGAAGCUUAAGAGGUGA